ACUACUUCAUUGUCUGGUUAGCUGCAUUUUGACGCUGAACGAUGCCGGAAUCAAUGUGUACUGAACAACAACCUGAGGAGUUUGCCUUCCAGGCUGAGAUCGCCCAGCUUAUGAGCUUGAUUAUCAACACAUUCUACUCCAACAAAGAAAUAUUUCUUCGUGAGCUUAUAUCCAAUGCCAGUGAUGCUCUGGACAAGUUGAGGUAUAAGAGUUUGACUGAUCCAUCUGUUCUUGAUACCGGUGAAGAAAUGUAUAUCAAGCUGAUACCUAACAAGGAGGCUGGGACUUUGACCGUUCUGGAUACUGGUAUUGGCAUGACAAAAGCAGAUUUGAUUAAAAAUUUGGGUACGAUCGCUUCUUCCGGUACUAAAGCAUUUAUGGAGGCUCUGGCUGAUGGUGUAGAUAUAUCAAUGAUUGGUCAAUUCGGUGUGGGUUUCUAUUCUGCCUACCUCAUUGCCGACCGCGUCCAAGUAGUGACGAAGAACAAUGAUGACGACCAGUACAUUUGGGAGUCGUCCGCUGGUGGAACUUUCACGAUUGCACCAGAUGACAGUGAGAUGCCGAAACGUGGCACUAAGGUGAUAUUACAUCUGAAAGAAGACCAGCUAGAAUAUCUUGAAGAAAGGAAGGUACGAGAUAUAGUGAAGAAGCAUUCCAGUUUUAUCAACUAUCCUAUCAAGCUAGUUGUAAAUAAGGAGCGAACAAAGGAGGUGUCUGAUGACGAAUCUGAAAAAGUAGAGUCGAAGGAGGCUGAAGAAUCUGAUGACAAGCCGAAGGUCGAAGAUCUAGAUGAAGACGAAGAAGACGAGAACAAGGAAAAGAAGAAAAAGAAGAAGGUAACGGAGAAGUAUAUUGAGGAAGAACAGUUGAACAAGCUUAAGCCGCUUUGGACGCGCAAUCCCGAAGAUAUAACUACAGAAGAGUAUGCAGAGUUUUACAAGUCGUUAACUAAUGAUUGGGAGGACCAUCUUGCGGUGAAGCACUUUUCUGUCGAAGGUCAGUUGGAGUUCCGUGCAUUGCUUUUUGUGCCUAAACGCGCACCUAUUGACAUGUUUGAAGGGACGCGGAAAAAGCGGAGCAACAUUAAAUUGUAUGUGCGAAGAGUGCUCAUCAUGGAUACCUGUGAGGAUAUGAUUCCCGAAUACUUGAGUUUCGUUCGCGGAGUUGUGGAUAGUGAGGAUCUGCCUCUUAACAUCAGUCGUGAGGUGUUGCAGCAGAACAACGUAUUAAAGGUCAUCCGUAAGAGCCUGGUCAGGAAAUGUAUUGAACUGUUUGAAGAGAUAGCAGAAGAUAAGGAAAACUACAAGAAGUUCUAUGAGCAAUUCUCGAAAAGUAUCAAGUUGGGCAUCCAUGAAGAUAGUGUGAAUAGAGCGAAGUUGUCUGAAUUAUUGCGUUUCUAUUCUUCAGCUUCUGGUGAUGAAAUGAUUAGCCUGAAGGAUUAUGUGUCACGUAUGAAGCCUGAACAACAGGAUAUUUACUACAUAACAGGUGAGUCAAAGCAAGCAGUGAUGAACUCACCAUUUGCUGAGAAACUUACUCAACGUGGAUUCGAAGUGUUGUACAUGGUCGAUCCGAUAGAUGAGUACGCAGUGACCCACCUACGGCAGUAUGAAAAUAAAAAGUUGGUUUGUGUUACUAAGGAUGGUCUUCAACUACCUGAGAGUGAGGAAGAGAAAAAACAGUUCGAAGAGCUGAAAGCGUCGUACGAAACACUUUGCAAAGAGAUUCAACAGAUACUUGGCAAGAACGUUGAAAAGGUUAGUAUUUCGAAUCGACUUACAAAUUCCCCAUGCUGCGUUGUAACUUCAGAGUUCGGAUGGUCUGCUAACAUGGAGAGGAUCAUGAAGGCACAAGCACUCCGAGACUCCAGCACUAUGGGCUAUAUGGCAGCUAAGAAACAGCUAGAGCUGAAUCCAUAUCAUCCGAUGAUCAAAGCAUUGAAAGAACAGUUUGAGAGUGGUAGUUCGACGAAACUUGUUUCUCACUGCCUGAUCCCAAGUUGCACUCCAAGAGCAUCCACCAUAUGGUUUGCAUGUGCCUGGAUAUUCCCGAUGAAGAGAUAAAGGCAAAGGAAGUCCCAAGCAACGGUCUCGAGAAAGAGGUUGCGCCAGCUGAAGUGGUUGACGACGGUAUGGAAGAAGUGGAUUAGCCUGUUUGCAUUUUUGUAUAUAUCCAGUGACUAAUAAACGAUACUUUUGAAUUCGUUGUUUUCAAUUAUUAUAUAGUCUGCAAUGUUAGGCUGAGUGCGAGUUUCGAUAGGCAUGUAAGUGUCCUUAGAGUUUGCCGUGGUAGUUCGUUGAGUAUGACGGGUACUAGAGAAGUGUAGGGCGGCGUCCUAAAAUAUAGGCUUUGCGUAACCGUUGUUGAGACUCCCGAGAAGUCCGUCGAAAACGGGUGUGUCGUUUGUAAAAUAGGUGGCGAUGACAACGCACGUCGGCCCAAAUUGCCAUACCUCGUAGUGUUAAUAUAAAAGAGAAAAGUUAUAAGGAUAUGGUCUCAGGGUUUAACGGAAUAGGAAGGGUGCGUACACUAUAUCGCGCGGACCCCAACCAAGGAGUCUGCAUAUACCAACGUGGCUCAGUCUAGAAGUUAGUGACUUCAGGGGCUGGUGCCACGUUUUGGUUCGGCC